UUUUAAAAACCCUAACCUUUUUCUCAUAUAUUUAGUGAAGAGAGCAGGGUAUCUUCCAUGUUGGCUGGCAGAUCUACAAUCUUUACAAUAGGUGUAAACCUUGUUUGGGAUUCCCGGUUGUUUGUUUCACCAUGGCGGAGCUCGGAGUUCACAGAAUCCUUCUUUUGGUUAUUGCUUUGACAAAGAGUCUGGAGAGUACAAAACUGCUGGCAGGCUUUAAAAAAUGUGGUGACCUGGAAUGUGAAACUUUAAUAAGCAGAGUCUUAGCUGUGAGAGAUUACAGAGGAUCUGACUGCCGAUACCUGAACUUCACUAAGGGAGAAGAGAUAUCUGUUUAUGUUAAACUUGCAGGAGAAAGGGAAGAUUUGUGGGCAGGAAGUAAAGGAAAGGAUUUUGGAUAUUUUCCCAGGGAUGCAGUCCAGAUAGAAGAGGUGUUCGUAUCUGAGGAAGUUCAAGUGUCAACUAAAGAAUCUGACUUUCUUUGUCUUCUUGGAAUAAGCUACACAUUUGAAAGUGAAGAUAGUGAGUUAAACAGUGGUAAUGAUGAAAAUAUAUAUCCAUAUGAAGAAGAUAGAGACCAAAAAUCUAAUGUAUAUGAAAAUGAUUUGCAGAUAGGACCUGGAUUUUAUUCCACUUUUGAAGACCUUUUGUCAGAAGGCCAAUUUCCAGCCUCAGAGGCUCCAGAAGAUAUCAGAAGUACCAGUGAAUCAAAUAGCUGGGAACAAGUACAAGCUGGAAGCAUGGAACAGAAUAUAAUCAAAGAAGAAACCCCAAAUCGUAUUCUAGAGGUGGAUCAUGUCCUAUCAUCCUCAACUGUAUCUGAAGUGAAAGGGUGGUUUGGAUUGGAAAGGGAACAAGCUGAAGAGAAAGCUAUUGAAUCGGUUAUUGAACCUCUACAAGAAAGCUCAUUUCAAAGUAGAAAGAUGGCAAUGGAAGAUGAGAAUAACCUAGAGGAAUUAAAUAAUGGUAAGCCUCAAACAGAACAUAAACAAGAACCUGAACCAGAAUUAGAUUCAAUGCCAAAGAAACUGUCUGAACUAGAGUCUGAAUCAGAGCACAUUCUCAAACUUCAAUCCACUGGUUGGUUUGGUGGUGGAUUUACAAGUUAUUUAGGCUUUGGAGAUGAGGAUACAGGGCUUGAAUUAUUGCCAAAAGAAAGCAAUCAACUACUACAAGAUGUUCCCAAUUCCAUAUCACCUGAUGAAGAACCCAUAUCACCUGAUGAAGAACCCAUAUCACCUGAUGAAGAAACGUUAAAGGAAAAAGAAGACCCAAACACUAAUGAUAGUUCAAUCCCCAAGACAAGUUGGUUUACUUUUGGUUUUGGUAUGCUAGGUUUUGCAUAUGCCAAUGAGGAUAAUAUUAUAGCAGAUGUUGGGAAAAAUGAAGAAGGAGAUGGGGUAGAUAAACAUGAAUAUCCUCUAGCAAGUGAAUUUGACCCUGAUGAGGAACAAGAAAUAGAAAGAAUAAAAAAUAUGGAAAAUGAAGGUCAAAUGGAUAAGAAAAUUGUCUUAAAGAAAAAAAAAGAUUCAGAUACUGUACCAUAUUUGAAAAAUUUCUUGAAUAAUUUUAAAACCCCUUGGAACCUCCAGAACAUUCCAAAGGAAACAGAAGUUGCAAUUCCUGAACAGAUACUUGAUCAAGAUAAUGUGGAAAAUAAUGAGAGAGAAGAAAUUUCAGUUGAAAAUGAUCCCGCAGAUAAUAUGAAAGAUGUGGUCUCUAAAAUAGAGUUACCUAUGAGAGUUCAUGAAGAAGAACAUUUCAAAACCUUAUCUUCUAAAAAUAAUGCUGAAAAAUCAAAAAUAUCACUAGAGACUGAAGGGCCUACUCAGGUCGAAAUGUACAUAUCUGUGGAAAAUACCCUAUUAAACAGUCAGAUGCUUUCAGUUAACUCUUUUUCUCUUCAAAAAGAGGAUGCUACUAAGUUUCAGAUACUGCAGUAUUUACUUCAAAUAGAUGUUUUCAAUUUCAUGAAUUCUGCAUUUUCACCAAUUCUAAUUCUUAUAGAAAGGGUUGUGGCAGUGUUGCCUGAAGAUAUGAGACCAAGUCCUAGUCCUUACGGUUUUCCACGGGAAUUGGUGAUAUGUACAGUUAUUGUUGGAUUUUUUGCUGUUCUCUUGUUUUUGUGGAGAAGUUUUCAAUCGGUUAGAAGCCGGCUUUAUGUGGGAAGGGAGAAAAAGCUUGCUGUAAAACUUUCUGCACUAAUUGAAGAAAAAUGUAAACUACUUGAAAAAAUUAGUCUUGUUCAAAAAGAGUACGAAGGCUUAGAGUCAUCUUUAAAGGAUGCCAGCUUUGAGAAGGAAUCAACAGAAGCCCAAAGUUUGGAGUUUGUUGAAGAAUCACUAAUAUCAGAGGAAACCUGUGAAAAGCUGAACAGGACCAAUUCAGAACUUAAGGAUGAAAUAGUCUUUCUAGAAAAAGAAUUGAAAGAAGAGAAAUCUAAACAUUCUGAACAAGAUGAAUUGAUGGUGGAUAUUUCAAAAAAGAUACAGUCCCUAGAAGAUGAAUCAAAAUCUCUCAAAUCACAAGUAGCUGAAGCCAAAACAACCUUCAAAAUAUUUCAAAUGAAUGAAGAACGGCUUAAGAUAGCAAUUAAAGGUGCUUUGAAUGAAAACUCACAACUUCAGGAAAGUCAGAAACAGCUUUUACAAGAAGUUGAAGAAUGGAAAGAACAAGUGAGUGAACUUAAUAAACAGAAAAUAACAUUUGAAGACUCCAGAGUACAUGUGGAACAAGUUUUGAAUGAGAAGGAAAAUCAGAUCAAGUCUCUGACUGAACGCUUGUUAAAGAUGAAAGACUGGGCUGCUGUGUUUGGAGAAGACAUCACAGAUGAUAACUUGGAAUUGGAAAUGAAGAGUGAAUCAGAAAAUGAUAAUCAGCCAAGAGGAUCUUUGAAGAAACUGAUUCAUGCUGCUAAGCUAAAUGCUUCUUUAAAAACCCUAGAAGGAGAAAGAAAACAAAUUUAUACUCAGUUAUCUGAAGUAGAUAAAACAAAGGAAGAGCUUACAGAACGUAUGAAAAAUCUCCAGACUGAGCAGGCAUCUUUGCAGUCAGAAAAUAUACAAGUUGAAACUGAGAAUCAGAAGCUUCAGCAGAAACUGAAUGUAAUGACUGAACUAUAUCAAGAAAAUGAAAUGAAAUUGCACAGGAAAUUAACUGUAGAGGAAAACUGCCGAUUAGAGAAAGAGGAGAAACUUUCCAAAGUAGAUGAAAGGAUCAGCUGUGCAGCUGAAGAGCUGGAGACCUACAGAAAACGAGCCAGAGAUCUUGAAGAAGAAUUGGAAAGAACCAUUCAUUCUUAUCAAGGGCAGAUUAUUUCCCAUGAGAAAAAAGCUCAUGAUAAUUGGUUGGCAGCUCGGACUGCAGAAAGAAACCUCAAUGAUUUAAGGAAGGAAAAUGCUCAAAACAGACAAAAAUUAACUGAAGCAGAGUUUAAAUUUGAACUUUUAGAAAAAGAUCCUUAUGCGCUUGAUGUUCCAAGUACAGCAUUUGUCAGAGAACAUUCCCCAUAUGGUCCCUCACCAUUGGGUCGGCCUUCAUCUGAAACGAGAGCUUUUCUCUCCCCUCCAACUUUGUUGGAGGGUCCUCUCAGACUCUCACCUUUGCUUCCAGGGGGAGGAGGAAGAGGCUCACGAGGACCAGCGAAUCCUCUGGACCAUCAGAUUACUAAUGAAAGAGGAGAAUCAAGUAGUGAGAGGUUACCUGAUCAUCAUAGAGCACCUUCGGACACAGGAUCCCUGUCUCCUCCAUGGGCACAGGAUCGUAGAAUGAUGAUCCCUCCAUCAGGCCAUAUGUAUCCUGAUCCAGCAUUUCUUGCACAAAGACAAGACAGGUUUUAUUCUAAUUCUGGUAGAUUAUCUGGACCAGCAGAACUCAGAAGUUUUAAUAUGUCUUCUUUGGAUAAAAUGGAUGGACCAAUGUCUUCAGAAGUGGAAUCCAGUAGAAAUGAUACCAAAGAUGAUCUUGGUAAUUUAAAUGUGCCUGAUUCAUCUCUCCCUGCUGAAAGUGAAGCACCUGGCCCUGGCUUUGUUCCUCCACAUUUUCCUCCAGCUAGAGGUCCAUUGUAUCCACUGGAUCCAAGGGGACCAUUUAUAAGAAGAGGGCCUCCUUUUCCUCCACCUCCUCCAGGGAGCAUGUAUGGAGCUCCCCGAGAUUAUUUUCCACCAAGGGACUUCCCUGGCUCAUCACAUCCUCCAAUAGCAAUGAGAAAUGUCUAUUCACCAAGGGGUUUUCCUCUUUAUCUUCCCCCAAGAGCUGGAUUUUACCCCCCACCCCCACAUCUUGAAAGUCGAAGUGAGUUCCCUUCAGGGUUAAUUCCACCUUCAAAUGAGUCUACUACUGAACAUCCAGAACCACAACAAGAAACUCGAUAAUAUUUUUGGUGUCUCUUCAAAAGUAAUUUUUACUUAUCUCUCCUUUUCAGUUUAAGUAACUGCUGUUACUUAAGUGAUUAUACUUUUGCUCAAAUUGAAGCUUAAUGAAAUGAUCAUUCUCAGGAUAUUAUUUUGUAAAUAAAGAUGAUUUAAAUAUGAAUCUUAUGAGUAAAUUAUUUCCAUUUUAUUUUAUUCUAGAUAGUAUCGUUAUUUUAAUUUGAUUUUGACACCAUCACAUAAAUGAUAAUGGGAGUUUUAUAUACAUAAUCUUGCAGUUGGGGAUGUUUUAAGCUCCAAAGCUUGUGUCUCUAUGCCAAGAAUUGUAUUUACAUUAGUUGUAGACAUAUGUGAAAGUAACUUUAUGCUUAAUUAAAUUUUUAAUUGGUUUAAA